AUGUCUGAAACAAACAUUACUGAGAAAGUUGAGGAAUUAAAGAUUGAAGAUCAACAAUCAUCUUCAACCACCACCACCACUGCUACUCCAGCUCCAGAGAAGCCACUUGGAACCGGUUUAACUGUUGCUCAAAGAGUUGAACUUAUAAAGUUGGUAGGUGAAGAGAUUAUCAGUGAAGAGAAUCUCGAAAAGCUUUUGACUGCCAAAGAAAGAUUGAUUUGUUAUGACGGUUUCGAACCAUCUGGUAGAAUGCACAUUGCUCAAGGUAUUCUCAAGUCUAUCAAUGUCAACAGAAUGACCAAAGCAGGUUGCACCUUUGUUUUUUGGGUUGCUGAUUGGUUCGCCAUGUUAAACAACAAAAUGGGUGGUGACUUGAACAAAAUUAGAAAAGUUGGUCAAUAUUUGAUUGAAAUCUGGAAGGCAACCGGUAUGGAUAUGGAAAAUGUAAAGUUUUUGUGGUCAUCUGAUGAGAUCAAUAAGAAUGCAAACGACUAUUGGUUAAAGGUUAUGGAUAUUUCAAGAAAGUUCAAUAUCCCAAGAAUCAAGCGUUGCGCCCAAAUUAUGGGUCGUAACGACGAGGACGAUCUCUCGGUCGCCCAAGUUUUAUACCCAUGUAUGCAGUGUGCCGAUAUCUUCUACCUCAAGGCGGAUAUCUGUCAGCUCGGAAUGGACCAACGUAAGGUCAACAUGUUGGCUUUGGAAUACUGCGAUAAGUUGAAGAUGAAGCACAAGCCAGUCAUUGUUUCGCAUCACAUGUUGAUGGGUCUCAAGGAGGGUCAAGAGAAGAUGUCCAAGUCCGACCCAGAGUCUGCCAUCUUCAUGGAGGACACUGAAUCUGACGUCAACUUGAAGAUCAAGAAGGGUUACUGCCCACCGGGUGUCAUCGAGAAGAAUCCAAUCCUCGAUUACAUCAAGCACAUCAUCAUGCAAAAGUUUGAGGAAUUCACCAUCGUUCGUGACGAGAAGAACGGUGGCACCAAGACCUACACCAAAUACGCCGACCUCGAGGCCGACUAUGCUUCCGGUGCACUUCAUCCAUCUGAUUUGAAACCAGCUGUUGCCCUCGCCCUCAACAAGAUUCUCCAACCAGUUAGAGAUCACUUUGUCAAUAACAAAGAGGCUGCUCAACUCUUGAAGACUGUUAAAUCCUACUCUGUAACUCGUUAA